AUGGUCGUCGUUGACCAUCACGAAUAUCUGUGUGAGGAGGAGAAGCGGCUGAAAGAGGACCGUGAACGCACCAAGUAUUGGAAGAAAUGGGGACCAUACGUUGCUGAGCGCCAAUGGGCAACGGUCCGUGAGGAUUACUCUCACGAUGGCGAUGCCUGGAGUCAUUUCUCCCACGACCAGUCCCGGUCAAGAGCUUAUCGGUGGGGUGAAGAUGGUAUUGCCGGCGUGUCGGACACCCAUGGUCUGCAAAAUAUUGCCUUUGCCUUCUGGAAUGAAAAGGACGACUUCCUGAAGGAGAGACUGUUCGGUUUGAGCAACCCCCAGGGCAACCAUGGCGAAAGCUUGAAGGAGGCUCAUUUCCAUGUGGACAACACGCCGACCCAUUCAUAUAUGAAGUACCUCUACAAGCUUCCCCAGAAAAGGUUUCCCUACGAGCAGUUGAUCCAAGAGAAUGCAAAGCGCGGCAAACUCGAGCGCGAGUUCAACAUCAUCGACUCGGACGCUUUCAAGGACAAUCGCUACUUUGACAUUUUCAUAGAGACUGCGAAAGAGACGGACGAUCCUGAAGAGCUACUGUUCCGAGUCACUGCCUACAAUCGAGGCCCAGAGCCAGCUCCCCUGCAUAUCAUCCCUCACAUGUGGUUCAGAAACACUUGGUCGUGGGGACAUGAGCCGGAGAAGCUGAAGCCUAACAUCCGCAUGGUUGGUCCAAUGACGGCUCAAUCGAAGCACCACAAGCUCGGUCACCGCUUCUUCCAGCUAUCUCCCUCACCCGGUUGUGGCCCAGACGCAGAUGACGUUCAUCCACAGCUCAUGUUCACGGAGAAUGAUACUAACCUGGACAAGCUCUACGGGGUCAAGAAUAAGCAACCCUAUGUCAAAGACGCUUUCCAUCGAUGGAUAGUUGAUGAAGAGAAAGGUGCUAUUAACCCUCGCUGUUCAGGCACCAAAUGCGCCGCGUGGUAUGACUUUGGCCAAGGUGACGGGGUGCCACCUGGGGAAUGUGCCGUCGUGAGAUUUCGGCUGUCGCGCAAAUUCGAUGGCUAUCUUAACGAAGAGCUCGUGGACGACAUCAUCGAGCUGAGGAGACAGGAAGCGGACGAGUUCUACUACCGUAUCAGCCCUUUGCCAAUGGCCGACGACCUGAGGAAUAUCCAACGCCAGGCCUUUGCUGGUAUGCUGUGGUGCAAGCAACAUUAUUACUUCAUCUGGGAUCAGUGGGCGAACGGUGAUCCUAACAUGCCACCGCCCCCCGAAGGUCGCAAGAAUAUCCGCAAUCAGCAUUGGAAACACAUGUAUCUGGACGACAUUCUCUCCAUGCCGGAUUCGUGGGAAUACCCGUUCUUCGCUGCCUGGGACUCGGCCUUCCAUUGUAUCCCUCUUGCAAUGAUUGACCCCGAUUUCGCGAAGAAGCAGCUUGACUUGUUCACCCGAGAAUGGUAUAUGCAUCCCAAUGGUCAGCUACCGGCAUACGAGUGGAACUUUGGCGACGUGAACCCACCGGUGCAUGCAUGGUCCGUCUUCCGAACGUUCAAAAUCGAGCGCAAAAUGUAUGGAAGGCAAGAUCUUGACUUCCUUGAACGCGUCUUCCAGAAACUGCUGCUUAAUUUUACCUGGUGGGUGAACCGCAAGGACAAUGACGGCAAAAACGUGUUCGAGGGCGGCUUCCUUGGAUUGGACAACAUCGGUCUCUUCAAUCGUUCCGAGCCACUGCCGACUGGGGGUGUCCUAGAGCAAGCAGACAGCACAGGUUGGAUGGCUUUCUACUGCCUCUGCAUGCUGAAUAUGGCUCUGGAACUUGCCAAGCACCGCAGGACGUACGAAGACAUUGCGUCCAAGUUCUUUGAACAUUUCCUGCUGAUAUCGGAUGCCAUGUCGUUCCGUGCCGGUGGCAAGGAGCAGAGUUUGUGGAACGCGGAGGAUGGCUUCUACUACGACGCGAUCUCCUGGGGUGGACCGUGGACCCAGCAAAUGCGCGUCCGCUCCCUCGUCGGCCUCAUCCCCUUGUACGCUGUGUUGACCCUGGAGCCUGAACUGAUCAACAAGUUCCCCAACUUCAAGCGCAGGAUGGAUUGGUUCAUCCAGAACCGUCACGAUGUUGCUGAACGAAACAUCGCUUCCAUGCGCAAGAGGGGUAAAGACGAGCGUCUUCUUCUUUCUCUGGUCAGCAAGGAGAGACUGGAACUGAUUCUCAAGAGGAUGCUGGACGAGACCGAGUUCCUGUCCGAGCACGGAAUCCGCAGCUUGUCCAAGUAUCAUGAGGAUCACCCUGUCAGCAUGGACGUCAACGGCCAACAAUUUAAGGUCAGCUAUGUUCCCGGGGACUCUGACUCUGGGCUGUUUGGCGGCAACUCGAACUGGCGAGGUCCGGUCUGGAUUGCUGUAAACUUCCUCCUUGUCGAAUCACUCCUCCGCUUCUACAUGUUCUAUGGCACGUCGCUGCAAAUCGAAUGCCCGACGGGCUCUGGCGAGUACAUGCACUUGGGUCACGUCGCCGAAGAGCUUCAACAUCGACUCCAGCAUCUUAUGGCUCGCGACAACGAAGGCCGCCGCGCCAUCAAUGCAGGCAACGACAUUCUCGAUUUCGAUCCGCACUGGAAAGACUAUCUUUGGUUCUUCGAGUUCUUUGACGGCGACAGUGGCCGUGGUCUUGGUGCUAGUCACCAGUGCGGCUGGACCGGCUUGAUGGCCAAGAUGAUUCAUGACACAGGUAUCAACUGCCGUCUCCCGCAGACGCCUCGAACACCCUCAACAGGGCUGGCGCACUACUUCGACGAUACAUUCUCGAGUGGCCUGACCCGGAAAAACACGUACGUCGGUACGCCAGGUCCCAUGCGUCGGUCGUCCACAUCACGCUCGCUUGGGGGCCGGUCCUCGUUUGUUUCUAAUGGCACAAAUGGCGACCACUCCUCUCGCGGUCAGGCUACACCCGCUGUUAUACAUGACGUCGAUGCUGCCAAUUCUUAUUUUGAUGCGGCGGCAUCUGCUGUCACCGAUGGAGAUGAAUGGGGCAGAGAGGACAAACUGGAGAAAGAGCGCAGAAAGAGUAUCGCGGACAGUCACUACGAGAAGUUUGUCAAUGAACAACUGACCAAGAUUAAGACAGAAGAGAGCGUGGGUGUGUACGAGGAUGAGUUCGAGGCGCAGCUGGAUUAG